CUGCAUGCCACAGUCUACCUCGGUGAGUUCUUCUCGUCCCAAUCAGGGCCAAAUACGUAGAGCAAAUUAACAUUACAUCAUCAUUUCAUCUGUUCGUAACAAUAACAUGUAGGAGGGUAUGACAAGGAGGAGAAGGCGGCCAGGGCGUACGACUUGGCGGCGCUCAAAUACUGGGGUCCCAACACCACCACCAACUUCCCGGUGUCGGACUACGAGGAGGAGUUGCAGGAGAUGAAGAACAUGACGCGACAGGAGUUCGUUGCGGCACUCAGAAGGAGGAGUAGUGGCUUCUCCAGAGGAGCCUCCAUGUACAGAGGAGUCACCAGACACCAUCAACACGGGCGAUGGCAGGCGAGGAUAGGGCGAGUCGCAGGCAACAAAGACCUGUAUCUCGGAACUUUUAGCACGCAGGAGGAAGCGGCAGAGGCCUACGACAUAGCGGCGAUCAAGUUCCGGGGGCUCAACGCGGUGACCAACUUCGACAUGAGCCGCUACGACGUGGAGCGCAUCCUCAACAGCGACCUUCCGGUGGGCGGGGCGUCGAGCAAGGCCUCGAGGGUUCCGGAGCCGCCGUCGCCGGCGUCCUACUGUCCCGGAUCACAACCCUUGGGGUUGGUGCAACACCAAGAAUUCCUGCCCCUGCUUGCUCUGGAUCACCAGCAGCAGCACCAGCGGAGCCAUCCGCCGUCAGUGUUUGAAUCGUUCAGAUCCGGCAGUACCAUGGACUUCGCUGCUGCUGGCAGCGGCGUGGGUCAAGCGAAGGGUGGUAGCAAUCAGCAUCAGGAGCAUGGUCGCGCUUAUUUUCCUUGUGCUGCGCCCACCGGGACACCAGCAGCGGACUCCUACUACUACCACCAGGACGCAAAGCAUGGUGUAGCAGCCUUGCAUGCUCCUCUUCAUGGAACGGAAUGAUGGAGGGGAACAGGAACAUAAGGUGCCACCGCUGCUACACGCAGAAUACGAUCAUGCGAAAGCCGACAUCUUGCAUUCGGUGGUUCAGCGUGAGACUCAAAAGCUCCCCUGGUCAUGUUUCUUUUACUUUAGUGCUCAUCCUUUUGCUGACGUUUCACUGUGAUAUCAUCAUCAAUGCACCUGUAAACCGUGGCUUUAUAUUUCUUUCUUUUCU